AUGAUGGUAAUAAGAUCAAAGCAUUUCGUCCGUCGUGCUGCUCUCCGAGCUGCUUCCUCCACCUCUUUCGUUUCUAGACCUCGCACCAUCAACGCUCCAUCCCCAUUCGUUCUCAAGGCCUCAAAUGAAAGAAUUUCAUCAGUAGUCUUUAGAAGAUAUGCAAGUGAUGAUGCACAUGUCAGAGACGAAGAACACGAGAACGUAGACGCACAAGAGGAAGGAACUGUUAAAUCAGCUAUCAAUUCCGCCACCGAAACCGUCUCAGAGUAUGCCGCUGAGGCUAAAAACACCGUCGCUGAGGCAACUGGCUUUGGAUCCAACAGCGGUGGCUUUGCAGACCGUGGCUUUGGAGGCGGUGGUGACCGAGAUUUGCGUCCCGAAAUUGAGCCUAACAAUGGAGUCUACAUUGGUAACUUGUUGUUCGACAUUACCGAAGAAGACCUCAAAAAAGAAUUUGCGCCUUUCGGAACCAUUACAGAUGUCCGAGUAACCAGAGACGCGAGAGGUUUGAGUAAAGGAUUUGCCUACGUUGACUUCGUCGAUGUUCAAUCCGCCACCUCUGCCAUUGAAGCCAAGAACCAGACCAUCUUCGAAGGUCGUCGACUUAUUGUCAACUACGUCAACCAGACACCAAAGAUCAGAGAUCAGAACCCACCUUCCAAGUGUCUUUUCAUUGGAAACCUCGCCUUCGAGAUGUCUGAUGCUGAUUUGAACAGCUUGUUCCGUGAUGUCAGAAAUGUCAUUGAUGUCCGUGUUGCUAUUGAUAGACGCACUGGACAGCCAAGAGGUUUCGCUCACGCAGACUUCGUUGACGUUGAUAGCGCCAUCAAGGGUCUUGAGCAAUUGCAAGGCAAAGAAGUCUUCAACCGAAAAUUGAGAGUCGAUUACAGUGUUGGCGAGAAGUCCGCCGGCGGUGACCGUUCAGGUGGUGACCGUGGCUUCGGUGGCCGUGGUGGUGGUGGUGAUCGUGGAGGAUACGGUGGCGGCCGUGGUGGUGGUGGUGGAGGACGUGGAGGAUACGGUGGCGACCGUGGAGGUGACCGUGGAGGUGACCGUGGAGGAUACGGUGGUAACCGUGGUGGCGACCGUGGAGGUGAUCGUGGAGGUGACCGUGGAGGAUACGGUGGCUCAAGACCAUCAUUCUAA